AUGGAGGAAAUACCUGGAGUUCCCAGACAGAUACCGCCGCUGGCCAGCUACCCGAACUCAAAUGUCAAAACGAAUCUAACUCCUGCGGAGUGGGAUGAGUAUCUCGAUUCAUGGCUUUUCAGCAUCGAGUUCCGACUACGUCUACAGGACGAGGACUUCUCGAAAGUUCAGCUCUCUCAACAUGCCAGCGGAAUAGAGUUCCUCUAUUCACUCUUCCAGUUUGGUCGAGACCGGGGUCGGACACAAUCCAAGUCCCAGAAGGAACGAUUACUGCUGAAACGAGCGUAUAUGCUGCUGAGGAGACUUCUGCUCGGGACGCAAGUGCCGUUCGGCUACGAUGCAACGAAACUUCUUGAUCUACUUGGCAUGGCCAGUCAGCUCUAUGCUUCAGUCGGGGACUGGAAGGUUACGCUCCAGGCGCUGUGGAAAAGAAAUCAAGCGCAGAUGACGAGCGCGGUGGAAAGUUGGAAGAAAGAUGUUUCCCGUACCGUAUCGACGCAGCUGGAUUCACUGUCCCUGUUGGAAAAGUGUCGUCGUUUAAAUGCUCUGAUCAAGGUCUCGGCUGAGACAGGGCUCGUUCUCAUGACUGGAUCCGAUCACCUCGAAACACUCAUGGAAGCGUAUGAUCGGUUGCAGACGGUUCCCAAGACCGGGCCGUUGCCAAGAGUGCUGACUGAACAUAUCUUUUAUUGCUUGCGAAGUCUUAUGUCUGAUGGUUCGGCGCAGACCUCAAUGCUGUUAGAUCAUCUCUACCAUAUGAAGGCCGAGGCCGAUCGGACGACCCGGUCAAAACCCAACCAGCCGACUUUGUACUCCGGUCUGGUUUGUCAGACCUCGUUUCUGAGGCAUCUUGCAGCAGACAACUCUGUGUCAUCUGGUAAGAGAGGGCGAGAUCUGCUGGAGGCACUUACGGCCUAUCGUCAGAACACUUUGCCCCUCCUUCCGGCCAUGGCGCCCCGAAAACGAAGAGUGGCCAAAGGGAAGGGCAAGGCUGACGGAAUUGAAGAAAUGCAUAUUCACAAAGCUUCCCAUGUGUCACAAGUGCACGAACUGUUCCCUGACUUACCCAACAAUUAUAUCCUCGAGCUUCUGGAUCAUUUUCAUGACAACACUGAAGCUGUGGUUGCCGCUCUGCUUGAGCCCGAAUCUCUUCCGGCUGAUCUGCAAGAUCCGACUGCGUUUGAAGGACCUUCAACCGACAUUGAUGGUCCGUCGCAUGGCCUUGCACCACAUUCGACGCCUGCUCUGCUCCCGCCGAGAAGGAAUGUCUUUGACGGUGAUGAUUUGGAUAACCUGCGGAUCUCCUCGGACCGGCUGCAUAGAGGCCGAAAAGAAAUCACGGUUGACCAAGCUGGAACAGAGGACGAGCAUGCUCGAAGGAAAGCAGCAAUAAUGUCGGCAUUGGCUGCAUUUGAUUCCGAUGACGAUGAGCGGGACGAUACGUACGAUGUGACCGAUGUAGGCGGCACUGUGGAUUCUACUCUUGACUCCGACAGGCCGGAGAGAGACAUUGAUCGAAACCCUCACGAGCAGUCAUUGUUCCGAGCAUGGAAGGAUAACCAGGAGAUGUUUGCACGAGAUCGGAAGACCAGAGCAUCUAAAAUUCGACAAGAUCUCAAACGAGACACGGGUAUGAGUGACGAGCAACUUGAAGGCUGGGCAAUCAUGUUGAAGAAAGAUUCGAAAUUACAAGAUCAACUGGAAAAGAAGUAUUCGGCGUCAAAACAUUUCGCAGGAACCCAGACUGCUCUUGCUUCGACUAAAUGGCAAGGAGGCACGCCUGAGGAUAGCGAAGGUGAAAGCAGUGGCGGAGGAGGACGUCGGACGGGACAGACCCAAAUGCGUGGAAAUCGCACCUGGGCCGGUGGACACGGAGGUGGUGGUCGCACUUCAGGUCCUAGUGGUGAUGUAGCAACUCAAGUAGCAAGACGGCGAAAGGAGCAAGGCAGAGGUCGUGGUGGAGCAAAUCAUGGCAGGCGUGAAGGGAGAGCUCGAAAGAUGGGUAGAGGCAUGGCAGGGGGAACAGGAUGA